AUGGCGCUUGCUUGCAGCGUUGAGGCAUCGCACCGGCGCACCGGCUCCUGCGCCGCCACGAGCAACGCGUAUGUCCGAUUGAUUGGCGCGUGUCAGCCAGUGGCCGCUCGGGUUGGCUCGAAUGGCGGAGCGGCAGCACCACUGGCACGCAGCAACGUGCAACAACGACGACUGCGCGGACCGUCACGUCACUCGCACACUUAA